AUUUCUCAUUCUAGAACUCGAAGAUGCUUUUAUUUUGAAUCUUGAUUGCUAAUUUAAAUAGUUCAAGCGCAGAAUUGUUCAGAAAUCUUGACUGCUAAUUCCUUCUGAAUUUAUAUAAUUCUAAACAAAAGUACAUCAGCAUAAGUUUGUCUUUUGUUCUAAAAAUUUUCAAUGGCUAUUAUACUAUAUCUGGCAAAUGCUAAAAUUUCAAAAUUCUUAAAGCUUUAAACCCAAAAAUGUCCAUUGCAGUGUAUGAUCUUUUUGUAAUGGAAUGGCAAGACAUGCAUUACUUGGUAACAAACUCUCAGUCCUCAACUCCUCUUCAGCUUCCGCAAAACUCUUGGACGCCUGCAUCAAAUCAAAGUCAUCGCGCGAUAUCCGUACUGUCCACUCUCAAAUUAUCAAAUCCCAAUUCAGUGAUGAGAUUUUCAUCAACAAUAGGCUCAUUGAUGCUUAUGGAAAAUGUGGGUGCUUUGACUACGCUCGUGAAGUGUUUGAUAAAAUGCCGAACAGGAACACCUUUACUUAUAACUCGAUGAUCGGGACGUUGACCAUAUCGGGUUCUGUUAAUGAAGCUGAAAUGGUUUUUAGUUCAAUGCCUCAGCUUGACCAGUGCUCGUGGAAUUUAAUGGUCUCGGGGUUUGCUCAGCACGAGUUAUUUGAUAAGUCGGUAGAGUAUUUCGUGAAAAUGCAUGGGGAGGAUUUUAUGUUGAAUGAAUACAGUUAUGGCAGUGGGCUUAGUGCUUGUGCUGGAUUGAGGGACCUGGUAAUGGGUACCCAAGUUCAUGCUUCAGUGGUUAAGUCGCGAUACUCAUUGGAUGUUUACAUGGGGUCUGCACUUAUUGAUAUGUAUGCAAAAUGUGGGAAAGUAGCAUCUGCUCGGAAGGUUUUUGACAGGAUGAGUGAGCGUAAUGCUGUGUCUUGGAAUAGUAUGAUCACUUGUUAUGAACAAAAUGGGCCAGCAAGUAAGGCAAUUGAGGUUUUCAUGAAGAUGAUGGAUUUUGAGGUUGAGCCAGAUGAGAUGACUCUGGCUAGUGUUGUGAGUGCUUGUGCCACCCUGUGUAUGGUCAAAGAAGGCCGGGAAAUUCAUGCCCGAGUGGUGAAGUUUGAUAGGUUCAGGGAUGAUCUAGUAAUAUGUAAUGCAUUGGUGGAUAUGUAUGCAAAGUGCAAUAGAAUUCACGAAGCUAGGUGGAUUUUUGAUAGGAUGCCAAUUCGAAAUGUGGUGUCCGAGACCUCCAUGGUUAGUGGUUAUGCAAAGGUAGCAAGCGUGAAAAAUGCGAGAGCCAUGUUUACCAAGAUGAUGGAGAGGAACGUUGUAUCUUGGAAUGCACUUAUUGCAGGCUAUACUCAGAAUGGGGAAAAUGAAGAGGCACUAGGACUCUUCCUUCUUUUGAAAAAGGAAUCUGUAUGGCCAACUCACUAUACCUUUGGGAAUCUCCUCAAUGCUUGUGCAAAUCUUGCAGAUUUGAAGCUCGGCAGGCAAGCUCAUGCCCAUGUUUUGAAGCAUGGAUUUCGAUUCCAGUAUGGACCAGAGCCUGAUGUCUUUGUUGGUAACUCUCUCAUAGAUAUGUAUAUGAAAUGUGGAUCAGUUGAAGACGGAAGCUGGGUGUUCAGAAACAUGGUUGAAAGAGAUUGGGUUUCGUGGAAUGCCAUGAUAGUUGGACAUGCACAAAAUGGGCAUGGUACUGAAGCACUCCACUUAUUUAAGGAAAUGUUAGCAUCUGGAGAGAAACCAGACCAUGUCACUAUGAUUGGCGUUCUUUGUGCAUGUAGUCAUGCAGGAUUGGUUGAGGAGGGUCGUCAGUAUUUUGAUUCGAUGACCAAAAAGUAUGGCCUAAUGCCUCUGAAAGAUCACUAUACAUGUAUGGUCGAUUUACUUGGCCGGGCUGGUUGCCUAAGUGAAGCGAAGAGUCUGAUAGAGUCAAUGCCAAUGCCUCCUGAUGGCGUUGUAUGGGGAUCUUUGCUUGCUGCUUGUAAGGUUCACCACAACAUUGUAUUGGGGAAAUUUGUGGCUGAGAAACUUUUAGAAAUUGAUCCUGAUAAUUCUGGUCCCUAUGUCCUCCUCUCGAACAUGUAUGCUGAACUUGGGAGGUGGAGAGACGUUACAAAGGUCCGGAAACUCAUGAAACAGCGCGGCGUCAACAAACAGCCUGGUUGUAGUUGGAUUGAAAUAGGGAGCCAGAUGCAUGUUUUCUUAGUGAAAGAUAAGAGGCAUUCACAAAAGAGGGAAAUAUACUGGCUAUUGAAAUUGCUAACUAAUACGAUGAAGCUUUCUGGAUAUGCUCCAAAUUUUGGUUAUUUUGAUGCUGAUGAGGAGCAGAAUAAAGCCGAACUUACCAUGCUCCAAGAAUUGGAAAUACCUAUAGUUGCUGCUGUCAGAUAAUCGUCAAAUUUGUAGUAGAACUGAUUAGAAAGACUUUUCCUUUUAGUGUAUUGUUCCAUUCUAUAUUUAAAGUCAAACCAGCGCAUACCAUCUGCCUUGAUAUAAGUAUUGCUUACUCUGGCUUACAAGAAUUAUGCUAUACGCAGCAUUUAGGGUGGACUGGACUCCCUUCUUCCAGGACAUGCAUUUAGCUAUUUUCAGUUUAUAGAAACACAAUCUUUUCGUAUGUUCUAGUUUUGUAUCAUCUGACUAUGCAUCAUUUUUAGCAUCUUUAAUUAAGAAAAGUUUCUUUGACAUUGGUUAGUGUCCUGUGAUUUUUGGGUGUUGAAAUUUUUGGCUACGUUAAGUUGCUAGACCAUUAUGUAAAUUCAGCCAGUCUUUAAUGCAGAAACUCUUUGCUUUCUUGAAUAAUUUACUGACCAUCGAUAACUGAUUUG